AUGAAAAAUCGGUCAUCUGUGAAAGAAUUCAUUCUCCUGGGAUUAACAGAUGACCCAGAACUAAACAUUUUAAUUUUCAUUUUUCUGUUUUUCACAUAUAUUCUGAGUAUAACUGGAAACCUGACAAUUAUCACCCUUACUCUGAUAGAUUCCCACCUCAAAACGCCCAUGUAUUUUUUCCUUAGAAAUUUCUCUUUUCUAGAAAUCUCAUUCACCACUGUUUGUAUUCCUAGAUUUCUGGUAAGCAUUAUAACAGGGGACAUGACCAUCUCCUAUAAUUCUUGCUUGGCUCAGGUAUUUUUCUUCAUACUCCUUGGUUCAACGGAAUUUUUCCUCUUGACUGCUAUGUCCUAUGAUCGUUAUGUGGCUAUUUGUAAGCCUUUGCAUUACACAACAAUAAUGAAUAACAGAGUCUGCAUCCAACUUGUGAUAAGCUCUUGGGUGGCUGGAUUUCUUAUUAUAUUUCCACCUGUGAUCAUGGGACUACAACUGGAUUUCUGUGACUCCAACAUCAUUGACCACUUCACCUGUGAUUCUUCUCCUAUGCUGCUGAUCUCCUGCACAGACACAGCAUUCCUACAGCUCAUGGGAUUUGUCCUGGCAGUAUUCACUCUCAUGGUCACCUUGUCACUAGUGAUUCUUUCCUAUGCUUUUAUCCUUAGGACAAUUCUGAGAAUCCCUUCUGCUGAGCAAAGGAAAAAGGCCUUUUCCACUUGUUCCUCACACAUGUUUGUUGUCUCCAUUUCCUAUGGAAGUUGCAUUUUCAUGUAUGUCAAAACCUCAGCAGAUGAAGGAGUAGCUUUUACCAAGGGCAUAGCAGUGCUCAAUACCUCUGUUGCUCCAAUGCUAAAUCCAUUCAUUUACUCCCUAAGGAACCAACAGGUAAAACAGGCCUUUAAAAACUUAUUCAAAAGAUGUUUUUCAAAUAAAUUUCAAUCAUAA